GUAGUAGGGGAGCCUUCUGCCCUAGCCCACACCUCAGAGCUGCAGCUGGGCCUGUGGCCUGGGAGGCAGACUAGCAGAGCCUCCUCCCCCAACAGGUAGCUCCUGGCUGCAACUGGGUCAUGCUUCUCCACGAGUGGGCCAUGGCUAGGACAUGGCUGCUGCUGCUUCUGGGCGUCAGGUGUCAGGCUCUACCAUCAGGCAUCGCUGGCACCCCCUUUCCGUCUCUGGCUCCACCCAUCACACUGCUGGUAGAUGGAAGGCAGCACAUGCUGGUGGUUUGCCUGGUCCUCGAUGCGGCACCCCCUGGCCUUGACAACCCUGUCUGGUUCUCAGCUGGCAAUGGCAGUGCCCUAGACGCCUUCACCUAUGGGCCCUCUCUGGCACCGGACGGCACCUGGACUAGCCUGGCCCAGCUCUCCUUGCCUUCUGAAGAGCUGGAAGCCUGGGAGCCCUUGGUCUGUCACACCAGGCCUGGGGCUGGGGGACAGAACCGGAGCACACACCCCCUCCAGCUGUCAGGGGAAUCUUCGACAGCCAGGAGCUGCUUUCCGGAGCCUCUCGGGGGGACACAGCGGCAGGUACUGUGGCUGAGCCUACUGCGCCUGCUCCUCUUCAAACUGCUUCUGCUCGAUGUGCUCCUGACCUGCAGCCACCUCCGCCUCCAUGUGCUGGCGGGCCAGCACCUCCAGCCACCACCCUCACGCAAGUCCCUGCCUCCCACCCACAGAAUUUGGACAUAGUUAUGAGUCUCUGAGCUUAGAUCUUACCCACCCCUCUGAGCCCAGGGUGGUGGUGAUGCUGGACACUACUGCUCCCUGGGGCCAGGAAGAACAAAGCCCAGGCUGUGAGGAAGCCAGCUGGGCCCAGAACUCACGAUCCCCCCUCAGUGCUCCUUGUUCAAAGUGGGGGUUUCUUUUUGCUUUUUCUGUAUGUGAUCUGCCUCUUGUAAAUGGAGCUAUCCUAUCAGAGACUGGGCUCUUGUCUCUCCUAUCAGACUGAGACUUUGGGAAGAAAAGGACUGUGUCUCUGUCAGACAGGGCAGGAGGAUGCACCUGGUAACUGGGCACAAUACAAAAGUCUUAUAAAACACAGGCAUGUCGGGCUGGUGAGACGGCUCAGUGGUUAAGAGCACUGACUACUCUUCCAAAGGUCCUGAGUUCAAAUCCCAGCAACCACAUGGUGGCUGACAACCAUCCGUAACAAGAUCUGAUGCCCUCUUCUGGUGUGUCUGAAGACAGCUACAUUGUACUUACAUAUAGUAAAUAAAUAAAUCUUUUAAAAAAAACAAAAAACAACAACAACAA